AUGGUUGAGCAAGCACUUCGAGCAUUUGCGCAACAGAACUUUGGGGCGGACGGUGAAGAGUUCUUCUAUCCAGUGCAUCAAGGAAACACGGAAAAAGUUCAAAUACUUGCACUUAUGGCAAAAAAACCAAGAAAUGUUUUCCUUCGUCCGUUCAAAACCAAUUCUCUCGUCUUCCUUGGUGGAUUAGACACUUACAUGAAUCGAAGUAAAAAAGAAGAAUAUCAAAAUGCUGUGGAGAGGGAAAUUAAAAGAGAUUACGUUGAAGUUACCCUGGAACUGGACGAGGACAAUGAGAACGAUGAAGGAGAUGACGCGGCAACUGGCAGGUAAGAUAAUUGAAUCAUUCCUUCCUAAACUUUUUGCCCCGUCUGAAACUUUUUCUGGUCACCGUUUUGAUCUUGGAUCAUGCAUAUAGUUCAGAUACAAGUAAUUACUCACUGGCAGAACAGCCUUGACUUAUACUUGGAGGUUAAUACUAAUAAUUUCAAUGAUAACAAUAUACAUUAAUAAAAUAAUCUCCCUGCUGGAGUGAUGGGCAUAUGUAAUACCAGGAUAUCUCCAAAGGUCUAAGAUUUAAAUAUAUAAGAAGAAAGAGGGUAAUCUUACGUACCUUGUUUUGGCAGUCUAUCACCGGAUCACCAGGCUUAUUUUUCUUGUUCAACUGAAUAAGAGGGAAUGACUUGCUGAAAAAAUUAGCCUAAGUGGCUGGUGGGAAUAGCGGGCGAGUGCUGUAGUUUUUCGGCGGCGGAGCCACGUGAAGAUUGAGAGCAAGUCAAAUUGAUAUUUAAAAAAUCAAACUGAUUUUCCCUUUCGGCUUCGCCACUCUCUUCGUGUGAAAAAAGUACCCCGGCCCAACAGUCGCGUGCUAUCGCGCGUAUACUACAAGCUUACGAUAUACGUGUUGCGCACAAACCUAUGACCACUUUACGACGACUAGUUACUAAUGUGGGACAAAAACAAACCGAAGGAUAGACAGAGAGCUGUACACAAGAUCGAAUGCCGCGACUGCCACGCCGCUUACAUCGGUGAAGCCGGCAGAAACAUUAGCACCCCGGGAUUAGCACGCGAUUGACCGAAAACAAACGAGCAUCUAUAAAUGGUGACGUCAACAAUCACAUUGAUGAACACCAUUUACAGACGAAACAUCAAAUCGACUGGGACUCUGCCACAUCUAUUACGUAUUCUACAGACAACUACCAACCUUUCACUUUGGAAAGUUGCCUUUAUUAACUUAGAAAAAACGCCACUGAAUCGUAGUCAACAGUUGCUGGCACCGUACAAACGACGUAUGGACGGACUCAAGCAAAACUAACUACGAGAGAAUGACUGGACUACCGACAAUUUGACUAACAAUAAACGACUGUUUAACUGUGACAAUAGACGGAUCGAAACGCACCAAUUACUGAUUACGAGUCUUCAUAGCCAAUAACAUCGUGGCCUAACACUGACAGACGACCAAGAACAUCGCGACUUAAUUGACCAAUCAGAUCAAAAACCAGAGUUACCAUCAACUAACGUGAUACAAGUCACUUUGAUUCUGAAGAUGACUACCGCCUAGGUUGUGGAAACGUCAGUCACUGUUAACAACAGUCCUAUUCAGGACUACGUUAACCCGGACGUUUAUACUCAACCUACUUAUGCAUUCUGUUUGGCUCUUCCUUUGUUUUUUGUUGUUUUUUUUUUCUUAAGCGGAGAUAGAUUCAGAUCUGUGCCGGUACUAGCCUACUCGAGCCUACUCCAUAGUCAUCACUGUCCUGUUUAGAAGAACGAGUGGGAGAAUGGGGAGAGAACGGGCGGGGGACUGGUAACUGACAGCAAGUCUUCCUCUUUCAAGUUCCUCUUUCAUUUCUCCUUUUCUCGUUCUCAGACUCCUCAUGGUCAGUGUGACCGUUCUUUUCAAACAAAAGCGUGUGUGUUGAUGGUGUCUGAUGGAGAUGACAAUAGGAAAUUGAAACCAGAUAUUUAGUCUAUAAUGGCCUCGUGGGGACUCCCAUAUAAAAGUAAAGGGGAUACUCGUUGGAACAUUAAAAUGAAACCCCUAAGGGAGACCAAUGUGGGUGUGACUUACACUGAGCUCAAAAGGAGACCAUAAAGAUGUUAUGUUAAAGAUGUUAACAUAGAAUGCGUUUAUCUUCAAAAAGAUUUCAAAAUCAUUGUCAUAGAUCUGUAAAUUUCUUUAUGCACAGCCCAAGCGAUACCUGAAUGGGCAAAUGUUGUGACUUUCCGUCCCUAAUACCCAAGUGAGGCCAAAAUUUGCCAGUUACACCCCUAAGCAAGACGACAAGCAUUUUCGUCACUUAUAUACGGGAGUCCCCCCCCCUCCCCCCCCAGGAAUAAUGUCACUGUUUUGCUCUAUCUCAUUUAGGAAAGUUGAAGCUGAGGUUCAAGUAGGAGCGUGUGCGAAUGCGAAGGUUAAAGUAAAUAAAGAAAUUGGAAACCUGGAAAUGGGGAAGAUACACAAAGUGUACGUACAAGAACCGGGGUUGCGUGAUAUAUUAAAGUUAAUAGAACUGGACAGCGACAAAGUCAAAGAUAUCCGAGGUCACAAACUUCGUUUGAUAACUUCAGUAGUUUACAGUGAGCGGUUGAAACUUAGAGGCAAGAGAUUUACUGAGGUAAUGAAAAAUGGAUGAUUAUUUACCUGCUUUUCAAGACCACCUUAUACUGCUAAAUGGCAGCGGCCACUAGAUUGCGCCUAAAGUGCCAAAAUAACCUCUCCGCGAAGAACAUCUAAAAGUGAAGCAAACCGGUGUAUACGCACUCCACCUUAAUUUACUCUCUUGUGUUCUUGGCCUUUUUUUUUUUUUUGAACUGUUGGUUUCUGUUGUAUUGACACAUCUUGAUGGCGUUAAUGUGCUAUAAUAAGCACUUAAAAAAAAGCAGCCCUACCUCCCUACAACGGCAAACCAACCUCUCCACUACGCUACUAAGCUGGUCGUUGUAUAGUUUGUAUACAUGUAUCGACUGUAUUUGUUCAUGUGUCUGGCAGUGUCGAGGGACAUGACUUAUGGUAUCGUAUGUCGAGAGACAAUUGAAUCCACUUAAAGUGAGGUCCAAGAAAAGUGUUUGCUCCGUCAAGUUCUAAAUCACACUUUCCGCUGUAUAAAUACGAAAAAGGAAUGCGUUGGCUGUUCGAUGCAACCUGACUUUCGGCAGCACUUUAUUUUAUGCUUCGGAACAAAGAUAAAGCCUUACUCUUUUUUUGUAAUAAGAAUGUUGUUCUUCCUGCCCAGGCUGAAUGCUCUUACUUUUCUGCCAUUUUAGGCUGAACAUAUUCUUGUGUUAUUCUUAAAUUAUAACUUAUGACAUUUCUGUUUAAGAAUAUAUUGGGGUAUCAAUUAAGUUGGUGCACGUUUUUUCGUUUUGUUGGCUUGUUUUGCCGUUUACGGAAAAGAAUAAGUUGAAAACAUAUAGCUGUAUUGUUUUUACAGAUUUACAACACACAAAAUUAUAUCUUUUUCAAAAUCUCAGCCUGGGGUUUAUUCUUAAAAUAUUCUUAAAAUUUCGCAAAUUUCAGCCUCGAUAUUCUUAUAAAUUUAAAUAAAUUCUUAUAGAAAAAAAGGAGUGUAUCCGGGCUGAAGGUCCCCGGCCGACUUGCACUUAGGCUAUAAAUUUCAAUUUCCUUUUAUUACCGGCCAAAAGUAGGGGUCCUCUAGAGGUACUAAGUGUAGAUUGCAAAACAGUCGGUUUUUCCUCAAAAUCGUUUUUGUGUAGCGUCAGUCUCAAACGUGCAAGGCGCACGACCCUCGCAGGCCCGUAGGCUCUCCGUUUUAAGCCUCGCCCCAGACGUUUUGUUUGACUGUUCGCACGUACUUAAAUAUGAAAAAAAACGGACUGCUUAGUAUUCUAUACUAAGUACAUCAUGCAGUAAACUUUUAUCUCUUUGGUUAUUAAGUGCAUAGUUCUGUUUAACCAUUUUUUAAUCAUUAUCCACUUGCAGUUUGAGGUAGAUGGAGGAGUCAUUUUUCCAAACAGCUUCCUAGCUCGAUUGACUGGACGCUUGAAAACAAAAUGCAUUUCUCCAAAGCUGGCGACAAGAAAAACACAUGGCCCAGUUCUAUUUAAGUGCUGCAAAGUGGUUCUCAACGAGAUGGCUAAUAAAUUGCAACUUGCAGUUGGGGAGCUUGUUGGUGUUGGCAUCCGCAGAAGUGAUGAUGACGAUGAUGCUGAAGAAUACGAAAAUACAGCAGUACAUCUGGAUGAGGACGAGCAGAGCGACUUGGAAGGUAAAAGGUUAAAAUUGUUGUACACCCAACUUUCUAUAGUAAGGCGGGUUUACACGGGAAAUGUAAGAGAAGAGAACGAAGAGUUAUUAUAUGGGUUUAACCCAAAACGCGCUUGGCCAGAAAACGUCCGCAAUUUAAGAGCGAUUUAUUGAAGCUUAGUCGCUGUAAAUUCUACUAUGACCGAAAUGUUUUGUAUUCGUGUGGUCCAAGUUAUCUUUGCUUUCAUUUUUUAUUAUUAUUUUUGCGUUAUUUCUUUAAGCGUUAAUACGCAUAUAGUUGUAAAAUAUUUAAAUCGAAAACUUAACCACAUAACAUGUAUGUAUUUUCGUCACGUUAGAUUCCUUUUCGGAAGAGUCCGGUGAUGAAAAGAAUCUGGAGACAAUUAAGAACUCAGUUUUGAUACCAACCAAGAACAGAGGGGAGCGAAAAUUGCGGAUUAACAAGUACCUCAACUGGGUAAGGAAAAUCACAAAUGAGCGCAGAUACGACCCUAGGCUGGCCACUCCCGUAUUCGGCCUAAACGGGUGUUUGCCACUGAAUAGAUGGUUUUCACAGUGACGUCAUCAAACUGUUAAGUCAAAACAGCGAGGUUUUACGAAUUCUUAUUUAGACUAGGUUGAAGAUAAACAAAAAAUAAAUCUUUGUUCAAGUUUCCAUUCCCGUAGCAUGUUUUAUUUCGAAAAUACAGCAAUACGAACUUCCGAGUUUUCACAGUGCGUGACACCAAAACAGGAAUGCUGUCUCGUUGAAAAAAGUCUCUCCUCUUGAUUUUCAGCAGUAUAACCAUUUCAAGUAUUACAAGAUAUGUUUAUGCGCACGUAGGCUGGUUCUCGAGUGAAAAGAAAGAGCUUUUAUAGAAAAAGUGAACUCCAGAUGUUUUGUUGAUUUCCGGCGGCCAUAUUGGUGGACCAAAACGGUACACCAAUAUGGCGUCUCCAUACAAAGCUCUUCAAGGGUGCGUGAAACGUUUCGGCGAAUAACUCAGAAACUGUGGGCCACAAAGACCUGAGACUUGGACAAAUUGUUUAUAUAUUAGUCUUUUGUAACAUGUCAUUUUCUCGGCUUCUUCCACUGGACGGUUUCCAAUUUAUUUUUUUGUUGCGUGACAGUGAAAACGAUCUAUAGGCGGAAGUGCGAAGCAUGCGCGAGCGGAGCCCUAUAGCUAAGAAAAUUUGGUUAUCCGACUGUCUGUCCGCACCACAGAGUAACCAAUGUGAAAUCUCACAUUUUCUAGCUAGUGUGGGAGCUUGUAACCUUAUAUUGCACAUCCAUUGUAUGAUCAAUUGACAGCUGUCAAGGCACGGUAUCCGCUUACUGGUAGGCUGAUUAAGCAACAGAACGGGAACGUCAUUUGAAGACGGGAAAGCGCGCGGAAAGGACUAAAGUCGACUUCCGGUAUCCAAUUCGCCGCUCUGUCAACUCUGUCAUUGGUCAAGCCAGUUGUUUGAUUUGCGCGCGUAGUCGUCAACAGACGUUCCCGUUCUGUUGCUAAAUCAGCCUAGUAUCACGUGAACGUAUCGAUGUGUUUCUUUAAAUUUAACCGCUGACAAGUUAUUAGCUUUCAACUGAUGGCAGGCUCAACUACGAGUAGGGGUUUUUUUGCAAGUUUAUUUCUUUAAGUAAAUUAUGAAUUUAUUACUGGGAGCUUCGCUUGUAGCCUUGGAUAAAUCUAUAUAUUAGGGUCUUGAUUCUUAUAUAGGAUAUCAAUUUAAUUAUUUAGAAUCUUCAACAAGGUAUCUUUGGGGGCUUAAUGCCUUAAAAGUGUGUAAAUGUUGGCCACUUCCGAUAAACGUGUGUCAACGUCGUUACUUAAGCUCUCUCUCGCUUGACCGGGUUGACCAUACUGAGUGAGCCAGCCCAAGAGAGAUGUUUAUCCUCUCUUGGCGAGCCAAAGUGUUUAAAAAGAGAAAUAUUAGCCCGGCUAAGAGGGGAGGGAACUCUACCAUAGGAAAAGGGUUGCCCGGUCAACCUUCUUGCCGAGCCGACUUUUUGUUUCUCGUGUAAAUGGUUCGCUAAGUUUUGAAAGAAAAUGUAGGAAGGUUAGCUCGAGUGACGAGUGACACUCUAACCGGGGCCAUCUUUUCUCCUCAUAAACGGGGCCACAGCCCGCCGACUCCGUUUGUGUGAUUUGGACUCGUAGCACUCGAGGUAUCACGAGUAGAGUCCGAGUACUCGGCGGCAGCAUAUUCUACAGCUCAGAACGUUCACUUACAUAUUUUUGUUUAAAACAGUCCUGGUAAGCAUUUUCACUCUGGGCAUUGAAUCAAACCUUUCAUUUAUUCAUCUAUAGCUUGAAAAAGCCUUGACGGAGAGGGAGACGAAGAUAUCGGUCGACGAACCUCUUGACGAAGCUGACUGCUCAUUCCUUCGAAGCGUCUAUGUCACUGCAUACCCCAAAGACCGAACAGUGUAUCUGCACGGCAUUGAAAUAGAAAAGAUUCAGGGAUAUGCAAUUGUUUUUAAGCUUCUUGCAGGUGAGACGGAGUGCUAAACAUAGAAGGUAGUAAGAUUUGCAGUGCUAGAUCCUGACCUUGAGAUAAGGAGGGGGGGCUCGGUUAUCCAGACCCUUAGAUAAAGGGGGAGGGGCGUCUCCCAGAAAAAUUUUUUCGGCCAUUGGGGCCUGAGUUUGGUCUAAACAUAAGGGGGAGGGGGCAAGCCCCCAGGGCCCCUCCCCUGGAUCCGCCACUGAUUUGUUUGUGGCAGGGCGUUCUUUUUGGAAUGUGAAAAAGAGGGAGAGGCCCCCUGAGGGAGAGGGUGACAAGUCUGUCAUGCAAAAAGGAACUCUUGUCUUCUCGGAGACGACGGCAAAGUCUAUUUCUUUUUUAUUAAUGGCUCAUUUCAUCACGGUUAACCAAGUCUUUCGUCAGGACAGACGUAAUGUAUGUUCUGGAUUAUGUUACAAUAAGGUGAAACAAUUUUUAAACUGAAUUAAUGUUUAAAGCUCGGAGAAAAGCUACGGCUAUAACGCGAAAGCUGGUGUGAGAAAGCAAGAAUAGCAAUAUCACUUCAGUGCCACAUUCUACAUUCCUACGCUGAAAAUAGACUUCCCGCGCUUGGGUCUAGCUACAAAAAUCUACAUUUUGUGGAGAAAUCUAGUUGGAGAGAUUUUUACAGGUUUUGGUAAAUAUAUUCAAGGCUUUUUGUUAAGUUAAAAAAUAGCUUGAAACCAUCGCCCAGAAUGCUAUUGUCUUCUGCGACAUGUACUUACAGUGCGCAGUUUCUCAAUGUGCGGCAUAAUAACUGAAUAAUAGCAUAAUAACUAAAUUUGGCGCUCGGAGUGCGCUUAAAGUUCCCGGAUAUGUCGCGUGAUUCUGGGCGAUGCUUGAUACGUCUCAUCGUAAGUAACCCUGAAGCCUUUGUUUGCAAAGUUUUACUUGUACUGUAAAGAAAUCUUAUUCAUUCAUUGGUUUCUCACAGGCAAUAUUUUAAUUUUCCUCAAAACGAAAAACAGGUUUGUCUGACAACGACUGGGAAGAAGUGGAGAAGGCUUGGGCUGAGUCAAAUGUUGACAACUUGCUGCAGGAGUCUGGGCAAGAGCAUUGUCAAGCCGAAUCCUGA